UAGGUGCUUAGUGAUUUACUAUGACGACAUUAUUUCGAACGUAACUGUUUUUGUGACAAGUGAUUAAGAAAUUUGUUGGAAAUGUCGACCUCAUCUGCUUCACCUCCAAGCCUACAAUCUGACCAAGAACUGGAAGAUUCGAGGGAUUCGACAUCAUCUGCAUUUUCUGGUACAGUAAUAGCAAAAUAUCAAAACAGUCAAGUGUUUGAUCCAACCCAAAGAGGUGAGUUCAAAAGUGGCAUUACAUCCCAUGGCGUUGAAGAUAUACUUUCUGAAGGCACCAGCUAUGGAGUCAAUGAUAAUGCAUUUUCAGACUGUAAACCGGAAAUUAUUUCAUCUUUGCCUCAAUCAUUUGUGCAAGAUUAUAACUCAAGAGAUUCAACUGGAUUCAGUAUACAAGAUAUUCUUGGAUUGCAUCAAUCGUACAAUGCUCCUAAUGUGCAAGAAGAGUUGGAACCUAGAUACGAUUAUCAGAUACCAAAUUAUGAUAACAUAAGUAACAGUUCUAACAACAACAAUUAUGGGUCUGGUAAUGAAGAAGCAAUAGUUGACGAUUGUAUCGACAAAAGCAACAAUAUAUUUAGUUCCGCUGCGACGCAACUUGGAAAUCAAGUCACUUACAGUCGAAACUAUGCAAUUAGUGAACCUGUCCGAUAUCAUUCUAAAAGUGGUUUUAACGGCGACAUUGCUAAAGAUCCUGGAAGAGAAAUCAACGAAGUACAUGACUCUAGUUUUUCCAGUCAGAACGAUACUCCAUGGAAUAGUAGAGCAGCACCAAAUAAUCCUAUAACAGCAACAAGGACGGCAUCAUCUCUUUCUGGCAACGAAAUGUCAUCUGAACCUUCGUAUCAAAAAGGAUUUACAAAGAGAGCACGUACUGCAUAUACUAGUUCACAACUAGUAGAAUUAGAAAAUGAAUUUCAUCAAAACCGUUAUCUAUGUCGACCAAGACGCAUCGAGCUUGCUAACUAUUUACAACUCUCAGAGCGACAAAUUAAGAUUUGGUUUCAAAAUAGAAGAAUGAAAUACAAAAAGGAUAAUAAACACAAUAAGCCGUCGUCGUCAGUGGAUGACAACAGUCCAUCAAGUUCGAAAGAAAUGUCUCCUACUCAAGAUCACAAAAUGGGCCAUGGAAGAAGCUGCGGAGGACACGAUAGGAGGCGUCUUCUGACUGACAAUCACACUAGUCAUCAUAAAAUAUUUAUGUCACCUAACGAUUCUAUUUCAAGACCUCCUGAAUAUUCUUCAGUCAGUUCACUGAAAUCUGUGAUAAAAGGACCCCAAAGUACAAUUGAGCUCCCGUCUUACACUCCAAACUUAUCUUAUUCAUCGUACUAUACAGCAGGCACAAGCAGAGCCGCUUACUCACCGAUGUCGGAGGUUUAUCGAUACUCGAACGAUGAGUCACUGCAGCCAAAUUCUAAUACACUGUCCACUCUGUCAUCCGAUAGUUACGUUCCUAAUGGAGUCAGCUUGAAGCUAAAUGAUGAUUUGACUCGAUACACUGCUACAUCAUCGUACUACAAUCCUCUGACAACUGGAGUAGUGAUGCAUCCUCCAACAUCCGAAGCAUAUGGAUUCAGUUCGUCAAUAUCGUCGUUGUCAGCACCAACCUAUGAUGAUAGUAGUUUACAUUCUAGAAACCCUAGCAUAUCUUUAACUCAAGACCCUUACUAUUCUUACUUAGCUCCACCGGAUACCACAAAUCAACAUAAUUCUUCGUCUACAAGCAAGUAUUCAUCGUACAUUUCUUUGUAAAUUAUCCAAAAAUUACAAUCAAAACUUAUUAGGUAGAUAAGGUUUAAAGAAGAUUUAAUUUUGUUAUUAUUGUAAUAAGUGAUGUAUGAUGCAUUUGCAAAUGUCGUUUUGUUUUUAAUUUUGACGAUUAC